AUGAAUUCACUGUGGCUUUAUCUUUUGAUUUUGGUUUGCCUGAGCGUGGUAUGGCUCCUUCGCAUUGCUGUUAAGCUGCUUCGUUCUCCUCUGAGACGACUGCUCAGGGAAGCAUACUUUGGGACUUAUCCCAAAACAAUCAUCAAGCUCCAUCGGAAAUAUGGACCAGUCGUACGCAUAGCACCGAAUGAGUAUAGCAUUGAUGAUCCAAUCGCGGCAAAGGCAAUAUAUGGUAGCGGGCACGGGUUUAUCAAGUCUCCAUGGUAUUACCCCAGCGGCAAUCCCCUGAGUCUGCUUCCAAAUCUCUUCGCUGAGCAAGACCUUCAUAUACAUGCUCAAGAAAGACGAAAAGUCGCAGCUGUUUAUUCAAUGACCAAUUUGUUACAGCUGGAGCAAUUUGUUGAUGAAUGCACAUCUAUCUUGAAGAAGAGGCUGAACGAAUUUGCUAGUUCUGGCACGUCAAUAGACAUCUCUCACUGGUUGCAAUGUUAUGCCUUUGAUGUAAUAGACAAGAUGACGUUUGGGCGGCGAUUUGGCUUCCUGGACUCUGGUGAAGACAUCCAAGGAAUCAUGUCAUCUCUUAGCGAGUACUUGGUCUAUUGUGCAAACGUUGGGAUAUUUCCAGAGUGGCACAAGACCUUGUUCCUCUGGCAGAUGCAGUCGAAAACAGCUUCUGGCUCGCUACAUGUGGAAGAGUUUGCCAGAACUCAGCUUGAAGAAAAAUAUAAGAAGGCCCAGGCUGGCAGCCAAAACAGUAACGGUAUCAACACGUCAGAGGACUUUAUCACAACACUUUUGCGCAUACAAGCUCAGAAUUCAACCAAGAUUACUAACGAGGAUAUUAGUUCAGUUUGCAACAUGAACAUUGGAGCAGGCUCUGACACUACCUCGAUUAGUUUGGCUUCAAUCAUCUUCAACCUGCUUAAAUACCCAAGAUUUCUCCAGAAACUGCGCACUGUGAUUGCAGAAAGCGAGGAGCGGGGUGAGAUAUCAGAUCCUAUCAAAUUCUCCGAGGCAGAUAAACUACCUUAUCUGCAAGCAGUCUUGAAAGAGGGGCUGCGAAUGCAUCCUGCGACGGGACUGAGUCUUGGCCGAGUUGUCCCAUCUCAGGGUACUGAUCUGGCAGGUCAAUAA